AUGACGAAAGGUUCGAAAAAAACUUCCGGCUACUCCGCCCCAAAACAGAUUGCUUGUGUCGGGUACAUCUCGACUGCACCGGUGAAAACAACUGUAACGUUCAAAGGGGGGAAAGGAGGAGGCGAAGGGAGUUACGUGAACAAAUCCCGAGUCAGUUUCGCCGAUAAGCAGACGGGUUGCUACGGCCGAGCAACCACUAAGGAGAAGGCGUCGGCCGGAGAGUUUCAGUGGAAGAAUGGGACUAGUGGAACGAAGAGUGAGUAUAAGAAAAGUUCCACAGUCAGAAUUGGAGAUAAGAGUGGAUACACAGAGGUUUAUAACGAACAGAGGGUUCGCAAUGUGAGUUACAACAACAACAACAACAACAGCAAGAAGCUCAUAACCUAUGACAAUGGCGAUGGUGGGGAGUAUGGUGGGUAUGGGUAUGGGUAUGAUUCUGACUACUAA